GCGAUGCUUUUCGGAACGCAUCGAGGAGACCACGUUUCUCACCUACCUGCUGCUGACUUGGAGUAUACCUUCAUCGCGGUAGCUACAAUAAGCUCACCCUCGUGUUCACUCUCGCCGUAGCGAGAGUACUCGUUCAGGGGGCAUUUCCUCGCCUCUGGACCGCAAUCACCUUAUUAUGAGGAGUCGAGCUGCGUGAGUCGUGGAUAUACGCGUGAACUCGACGUUGCAAACAUGUGGGCGGACACUAUCCUGAUUUUAUUUAUCAGCAUAUGCACGGCGUUGCUGGGCGAAGGAUUAACGUGGCUGAUGGUGUACCGCACCGAGAAGUAUCAAAAGCUGAAGGCCGAGGUCGAGAAGCAGAGCAAGAAGCUGGAGAAGAGGAAGGAGGCGCACGGCGACUCCUUGGACAGGCAGCAGAAGAAGAAGAUCGAGCGGGAGGAGGAGAGGCUGAAGAACAACAAUCGAGACCUGUCCCUCGUGAAGAUGAAGUCGAUGUUCGCGAUCGGGUUCGCGUUCACGGCGCUGCUGAGCAUGUUCAACAACAUAUUCGACGGACGGGUGGUCGCCAGGCUGCCGUUCGUCCCGAUCAGCUGGAUACAGGGUCUGUCGCACAGAAAUCUCCCCGGCGACGAUUACACGGAGUGCUCGUUCAUAUUUUUGUACAUAUUGUGCACCAUGAGUAUCAGACAGAACAUCCAAAAGAUGCUCGGCUUCGCGCCAUCCAGAACCGCGAGCAAGCAGAGCGGUAGCAUCUUCGGGCCUCCGCCUCAGCAAUUUAAAUGAGCCACGUAUAACUAGUGAAUUUGUUACUGGUGUGUUCUUGCGGAGAUCAUUCUUGUACACCUCGCCGUGUAAUUCGGGAAACUUACUUCCGCCCGAUUGAUCUUUCUAAUCUGCACACACCUCAUUUUGUACAUCUUGCGUCGUAUUUAAAUACUGUCCUCGGAUUUUUCUCACAGUCUCUUUGAAUACAAAAUAGUGUAAUUAUCUUGACGCUUAUUGAAAUAUAUGUUACAAUGUCUGUUUGUUAAA